CGCUCCGCAGCGCCCCCCUCCGGCCUGCCACUGCACUGCGUGGAGAAGCUGUGUGUAUGUGUGUGUUUGUGUCUGUGUGCGCACCCGGUGAGCGACUGCCGCUGAGGAGACAACACCGCUGUCUGCUGUCAGCUUGACCUGUGACCGGCAAUGGAGUACAUGAACAAUGCCUCAAACAGCUACGGUUCUGGAGACACUGUUAGUGCCUCCUUAGCGAACAUGACGAUUAACGACCAGCACCACCAGGAGAACGGAGUCAAAAUGAAAGAUAAAGAAGCAGUGGUCACUGAAAAUGGGCUGAAAUCUGUGUCUGACGUUUCUCAGCCAGAAAGCAACCAAUAUGAUGACGAGUUGCAUCCUGAUGCUACGGCAGAGAAAGGAGCAGAAGUUGUUUCUGAGCUCUCAGAAAAAGAAAGCACCUUGAGAGGAGACAAGGGGCAAGUUGCAGCAGGAGCAGCAUCUUCAACAGCUCAAGGAAAGACAAAUAAUGGAGAUAAGACUCAAACUGUCACCACACCAACCUCUUUCCUUAAAAGACCCUCUGUUGUCACCAAGAGCAACAAAACACAUGGUUCCUCCCAAAACGGCCACAGCUCCAUCCCCAUUAAAGCCAGCAGCACCCCAGGGCCCAGGCAGCCUGGAGGUGCCGGUGCUGCAAAGCCUCAAGUCCAAGGAGCCAAAACUACUGCCAGAAAUGCAGCUCAACCAGAUGCCAGGAGUGGGCAGAACAGCCCGGGUACGCCCAAGUCCCCCGGCAGUCAAGCACUUUCUGCAGCCGAGGCCAACAAAGUGAAAAAGGUCGCGGUUGUACGUUCCAAUCCGAAAUCUCCGGGGUCACUGAAAAGCCGUUCUCCGGCUCCUCUGGCUGCUGCUGCACCGCUGCCUGACCUGAAGAAUGUCAGGUCAAAGAUCUGCUCCACAGAGAACAUUAAGCACCAGCCUGGAGGUGGAAAGGUACAAAUCCUGGAUCAGAAGUUGGACUUAAGUAAUGUGCAGUCUAAGUGUGGCUCCAAAGACAAUGUCAAACACAAGCCAAGUGGAGGAAAUGUCCAAAUCCUUGAUAAGAAGCUGGACGUAUCCAGCGUCCAAUCUCGCUGUGGUUCUAAAGACAACUUAAAGCAUAAGCCCGGUGGAGGAAGGGUUCAAAUCGUGCACAAAAAGAUUGAUUUGAGCAACGUUACAUCAAAAUGUGGAUCAAAAGACAACAUUCAUCACAAGCCAGGUGGUGGAAAUGUGGAGAUUAAAACCGAGAAGCUAGAGUUCAAAGUUCAAUCCAAAGUCGGCUCUCUGGGCAACAUCAGUCACGUCCCCGGGGGUGGACAGAGGAAGAUUGAGAGCCACAAGCUGAACUUCCGUGAGGUGGCCAAGGCACGCACUGACCACGGCGCUGAGAUCAUCUCUCUGGAAGACUCACCCCAGCAGCUCAGCACUGUGUCCUCCUCCGGCAGUAUCAACAUGACCGACUCCCCACAGCUGUCCACGCUGGCCGACCAGGUGUCCGCCUCUCUGGCCAAACAAGGCUUGUGAACGUGCCCCACGCUUCCUGCUCCACCUGCACCACACCACCAUGUAGAGGAGUUGUAAUGCCUUCCUUAUUACUUUCACUGGACUUUUUUUAAGCUGCCCAUCACUGUUUAUCCUCCACUAACCUUUUAAAUUUACUGAGGCAUUACUUUUAGAGAAGAAAAAAAACUGAAUAACAGGUAGGCCAAAAUGUAUUGAUUUCUCUCUGUGGUCUUCUUGGAAAUAUUUAAACCUUUUGUAGUAAACAUUUAGGAUUUUAUGCACCCAGCAUAGCAAACUUUCCCCAGUGAAUCCUGAUGAAAAUGAUUUGGUUUCCUGUCACAGACUGUAAAUCCUUACCCAUUUACCUUUCAUGGGUGUUGGCUUAUGUUUUUUUUUUUUUUUUUAGAUCUACAGAACAUGAGCCUUGAGAGUAGAGGGAGAAGCCGACUAUUUAUACUGUUUGAUGUAAAGGAACAAUGAUGGGCUCUGAUGGAGGUUUCGGAAGAAAAAUGUCAAAAGAAUAGUAGCAAAUCUCUUGCCCAGGUAGAAGGAUUUGUCUUUCAGAUCUCACUGCUUUCUUUGCUUUGCGUACCAACAUGUGCUGCACCUCCAGCUACAAUAGGUGACUGUGGUCGGUGGUGUGGUGAAAAUAAGACCACUGAGGAGCUAAAGGAGGCGCUCUCUGAGCUCAUUUUGAAGUCCAUGACUGAUUUAUGCCCCAAUGAGCUGAAAGAAAGCUCUUCUUGUCACCCACUGUUGGAACUCAGAUGUUCAUCCAGACAGUCAUGUGAUACGCAUGCCUCACUUCACUAGUCAAAAGUGUUCCUCAGCUUGUCUAUUUUAUUCCUUAAGAGCAUUCAGGACACAUGACCCCACACUGCCUGGUCAGAAAAAGGCCAUACUAUUAAUUUAGUAGGGAAAUAUAUGGUUUGAGGCCUUAUUUAAAUGUAAUUACACGUUAUGUAUAUUUGCCAAUUAAUUACAUGAAAACAUGUCUUAACACCCAUUUAUCAUUAAUUAUUUAAUUAACGGUUAGCAACCUUUAGGAAAUUGAUUUGACGAAAGCAAUGCUGUGCUUGUUAGCCACUCCUAUGAGAAUCAAAAGCAUUAAGGUGAACUUAAAAAGGUUAAUGAGCAACAAAUAAUAUAAAUAAGAAGAUUUGUAAGCAUAGAUAGACCCCAGGGGUAGUGAGUGGGAACUCAAAAAAGUAUUUGUAACCUAGAAAAUUUAAUGACAAUUUAAGGAAGUUUUUUACUUUUCACAAGCAAUGUUUUGACUCUGGAUGCUAACAAAAUGUUGCUAGGGGAGACCAUAUGAGCCAUCGAUGGUUGUCGUUAAUGUAUUAAUAUAUAAUAUAAUCUUAAUGAUCCAGCUGCAAGUCCGAAAACCAGUGAGAAUCCAUAACGUUUGUGCUAACCGAGCUAACUAUUGUUAGCAAUGCAAGCCAAUAACAUAUUUAUCAGGAUUUUAUUUAUUGAAAAACUGUUGCAUACUUUUUACUAAGGUAAAUUGUGCAGCUUUAUAUGUGCGACACAUCCUUUGACAUUGGAAGUGCAGAGAAACAGUUUAUCACUGCAGCUAUUUAUACGUGUGGCAGCCAUAGUGGAUUUUGACAUUUGCGUGUCAAAACAACUAUCAGACGUCUAAAACUCUUUCAAAAGUUUUAGACGUCGCUGGAAAUGUAUGGCAGAAAAAUAUGUUCAUCCAUUUUCUACGGAGACACACAGGACAAACAACCAAGCACACACCCAUUCACACCAAUGAACUUUACAGUCAUGUUUUUGAACUGUUGGAGGGAGCUGAAGUAACCAGCAUGCAUGGGAAGAACACACAAACUCCAUGCAGAAAGACCCCAGUCAAACCCAGGACCGUCUCCCUGCAAGGCAACAGUGCUACAGACUGUCUAUCAUAUGAUAAAUUGGCUUGACAUAGUCUUCAGAGAUUAGUUACAAACCCACUGAAAAGCUUAAUGUUAGGUAAUCAUGCCAUCUAAAACAACUCAAAUGUACCUCGAGCAGACAGUUAAAAUGAAAAUCCGAGCUAAAUGAGGGGGACAACUUUCUGCCUCACGUACUGUAAAUAUUUACUGACACAAAAUGGCUUCAGUGGUCUUAUAUUUGACACACCAUCUUGAACACAGGCGAUUGGGAAGUUCGCUAGACUUAAAAAAAAAGAAUAGCUAGGAAGUUUGGUAGCAUUGGGUCAGUUUUAUAAUUGUAUUCUGUGCAUAUAUGACAUGUAUUUGAUAUGAACAGACAUUUGUAUCGUGCCUGCUACUGUCAGUGUUUUUCUUUUUUUUUACUGCUCCUAUUGUACAUGUGCUAAUGCUUGAUUUAUGGGGAGGAAAAAUUACCUUAAUACAGGAUUAAAGGGAGGGAAUAUAUCAUUUACUGUCUACAGUAUUUAAACUUCUGUAAGGACUAAAAUAAGCAGGAAAAUGCUGAUUAGUCUUUAAAAAGGCUCAACUUAGUAAGGGGCCGAUAAAGGCUUUACUGGAAGUAAAUUUAAGGUAUUAUUUCAACCUUUUAUAAGAGUGAAAUAGGAAAAAUACUCUGUUAUUGCCAAGUAAAUGGGUGGACAAAGGGGUUUUGUGUGCACUACAUUAUUACUGCAUUAUUAUGGUAAGCAAAACUAACUGUAAAGCAACAUUUCACCUCUUUAGGCACUUUAUGCAUACCUCUGCACGUCAUCACUAACCAAGUAAAAACAUUAUCUGGUUGCUUUUAGAUUCAGAUACAUUUAAAUGAUGUGGACACACUUCAAGCACAUUAAACCUUAAAACUACAGAUUCUUUUGCAUCUAAAUGGCUAUAAAUCCCUAAAGAGCCACAGUAUAGAUUACCGAUGUUAUGUAACCACAAACAGGGUUUCUCCAAGUUAAAUUUUAUGUUAUUGUGAAAUACAUUUUAGAUCUACAUACAAAAAUAAACUUAAGCGCGUAUAGCUUCACACUGUAAACUAUUUACAGAUUCGUUUGAACUAUUAAAAUACCCACAUUUAAAACCAAUCCUUAAUUCUUAAAUGAGCUGUUAUGGUUUAACUAGCAAGAACAUCUUUGGUUUUCAUUCCCUAAAAAACAAUGAAUCACUUUUGGGUGAAAAAUACAGAAUUUCUGGCUUUGAUGCCCUGAAUCAUUUAGGUUAGUUUCAUCAAAGCAUAAUGCCCCAAUUUAUCAGCCAGAAUUACACCACCAGUAAUCAAGGGUUUCAUAAGACCUGGUAUUAAAACUCUGGGCAUAUAAAUUUUUUUUUUUUACAGCUUUAAACAUUAUACUUUAAGACCCUACAGAAACCCUGCAUAUAAUUUGAUACAGAGGCUCAGAUCUUCAUCUUUUCUUUCAGGAAACCAAGAGAUUCCUUUAGACUCCCCAGUUCCCUUGUGAUCUAUUUUGGCACAAAUAAAAUAGAUUCAUGCAUGCAUUUCAUGUAAGAGACAACAGUCUGCUUGUUGCUUCCCUUUCACAAAGUGAUCUCCUUGUAUUUCCUGUUUAUGCUCCAAAUUUUGGAAGGGAUUGCGGAUGAAAAGGGUCAAAACCAGCAGAUAUAGAACUCCAAGGCGUGCUCGCAACAUUAUCUGCAUGCUGACGUCUUUAGUUGCAAUAGAGCACGUUCGGUCUCACAGAUCAGGAUAGAAAUGAGGGGGAUGAAAGUUGAUCCCCAGCGUGCUGUAAAGAGGUUCCUGCGGUAACACUUUUAUUUUGUUUUUGGUUACUUCUGACGCUGUAUAGAUGUGGAAAUGUGAUUGUUCUUGUGCACUGAUCAAUAACUGGUUUAUGAUUAUUCUUGUUGCUGUAUGUGUGUAUUUGAAAUAAACGCUGCAAAGUCUCA